CUCGCAGCUUCAAGUAGUCACUACAACCAACCCAAAAAACCAACCACCAAUCAACAUGAAAUUCUUCGCCGUCUGCUUCUUCGCUGUUGUGGCCGUGGCUGCCGCCAAGCCUGGUAUUGUGGCUCCUCUGGCCGCCGCUCCCCUGGCCUAUACCGCUCCCGCUGUGGUGGGCAGUGCCGCCUACGUGGCCCCCUACGCCUCCAGCUACACCGCCAACACGGUGGCCCACAGCGCCGCCUUCCCCGCCGCCUACACCGCCGCCUAUACCGCUCCCAUUGCCGCCGCCUACGCCGCCCCUGCUGCCUACACCGCUGCCUAUACCGCUCCAGUGGCCGCCGCCUACACCGCCCCCAUUGCCCGUUAUGCCGCUCCCAUCGCCGCCCCCGUGGCAGCCGCCUACACCGCCCCCAUCGCCGCCGCUGCUCCCGUGCUCCUGAAGAAGUAGAGCAGACCAUCGGCAGUUUGUAACAUCCCAUCCUGACCAACUUGUGUUAAUAAAGAAUUGUACAUACCAACGUA